AUGGGUUCCAGAAGAUACGACUCCAGAACAACGAUCUUCUCGCCAGAAGGAAGACUAUACCAAGUCGAAUAUGCACUAGAAUCGAUAUCGCACGCUGGUACUGCAAUCGGCGUCAUGGCCAAAGACGGUAUUGUGCUGGCGGCAGAGCGGAAAGUCACUAGCAAACUGCUAGAACAAGGCAGCUCAAGUGAGAAACUGUACAAACUAAACGACAACAUCACGGUGGCAGUGGCUGGUCUGACCGCCGAUGCCGAAAUCCUGAUAAAUACCGCUAGAGUCCACGCGCAAAACUAUUUGAAAACUUACAACGAGGAAAUUCCCGUUGAGAUUUUGGUGAGGCGGUUGAGCGACGUCAAGCAAGGCUACACGCAGCACGGUGGGUUGAGACCCUUUGGUGCCUCCUUCAUUUACGCAGGUUAUGACAACAGAUACGGCUAUCAGCUUUACACCUCUAAUCCAUCCGGCAACUACUCUGGCUGGAAGGCCAUCAGCGUUGGUGCCAACACUUCUGCGGCCCAAACCCUAUUGCAGAUGGACUACAAAGACGACAUUACUUUGGAGGAAGGCAUGGAACUAGCGCUCAAGACCCUAUCUAAAACUACGGAUUCUAACACUCUAACCUCCGAGAGAGUAGAGUUCGCCACGAUAACCAAGCUGGAUUCUGGCAAAAUCGUGCAAAAGAUUUACAAACCUCAGGAAAUUGAAACACUCCUAAACAAGACCGGAGUUACCAAGAAAGACAACGAAGACGAAUGA